AUGUUGUCGGUAGCACGAGAGAACAGUGUACUAUUUAACGAUGAAUACAUAAAAUAUCAAGAUGCAAUUACCAAUGUGCAAAAGAGAUUAUAUAAAGACAUUGAUUUACUUGGAUUUGACAUGAAUGACAAAAGCGAUGCCAUUGACUAUAUUAACGACCGAGUCACUUUAUUCAGAUUUUUAAAGGACACUGGAUUCUCGGAAGAUAAGACAGUUGAAAGAUUAUUAGAUACAAUAGAAUGGAGAAGAGAAGAAAAGAUAGGACGCAUGACGUAUCAUUCAGUUGCCUCUGAAUUCUUUAACCUUAAUGGGUUUGCUUAUUUUCAUAAAUAUGAUAUGAUUGGACGACCGAUUGCCAUUGUCCAAAUGCGAUACUUUCCUAAAUUUAAUGACAAUACUAAGCCUCUAUCUUAUUUUAUGCAGCCUUUUGCAUGUCUUGUUAUGGAAAUUGCACGACAGAUCACAAGAGACUUGACGAGAGAAAAUGAAACAAAAAAGGACAAAGAGAAUUCAAUUGUGUUAAUAUCACAAAUCGCUAUUAUUAUUGAUAUUGCCAAGGCACCAUUUGUACCCAUUGAUUCAAAUUUAAUACAAACAUUAAAGAAUAUUACAAACACAAGGUUUCCCGGAUUUAUAGGAUCUGUUUAUGUUAUGAAUUUUGGCUGGAUGUAUCAAGGAAUAUGGCAAGUAGUUAAAUUAGUAUUAAGUGAGCAAGCUAAAGCACGAAUCAAUUUUAUAUCAAAUGAAGAAAUAAAACAAAUCGUUGAUGAAAAUGAUUUAUUAAAAAUUCUCGGAGGAAAAGACGAUUUUGUUUGGAGUUUAGAGUGUGAUGAUAUAUUAAAUACAUAUGCAACUGAAAAUAGAUUUGAAAAUAGGGUAAACAACGAGCCUUCAGUCUCAACAACAAGAAGUAGAAGCACUUCUGUAUCAUCGACUUCGACUAUAGAAAGUAGUCUGUUUUAUGAUGCACCAGAAUAUCUCUCGAGACAAUCUACAAGACAAUAUGAAAUUAUUCAUUCAACUUUUACAUCUACAGUACCUAGUGUCUAUGCUACUCCAGGUACACUAACACCUAUUCAUUCUUAUUUCUAUAAUCAUCAUCAACAACAACAACAACAGCAGCAGCAGCAACAGCAACAACAACAACAACAAGCAUUAACAAUACGACAUAAUGUAGAAUCAAGAUAUCUUUUCUUGAAUGGAUUUCAUAUGGGAGAUUCAUUCUUAACUUCAUUUUUUAGACUUAAUAAUAACUAUUCUACUAAUCGUCACUAUCCAUUUGACAGUCAAGAAUUAGCAAAUCGACUGAAUCAAUUAUUAUUAACAUCAGAAAUAGUAGAAGAUAGUAUCAUGGAUGAGGAGGAGGAGGAGGAUGCAGUCAUGUUCAUGAAUAGACAACAGACGGCUUACUUCCCACACAUGCUACCUGAUAAUCAUCCACAAAGUAUAUAUGCAAAUGCACCUAUCAGGCAUCAUUUAUCAAGGAUAGAACAACGUUUAAUACGAUUGACGCGAAAGUUAUUUCAUACAUCAUUUGCAUAUAAAGGUGCCUUUUAUUGGAUUUUACUAUACUUAUUUUUGAGAGGACCUGUUGAAAACACAUUAAAGAAAACAUUAAUAAAAUUGAUGAUAAAGAGUAAUACAACAAGGCAACAAAUAGCUUAUACAACCAUAGGUUUAACUGCAACUAUAGCAGCUGCCCUAAGUGCGUCCUUUUCUGAUUCCCUUCAACAAAGAUUUGAUAAUAAAAGAGAUCAUGAACGAUAG